GGCCAGAACGGAACUUCCGUCCUCGCCUGGUCCUACAAAGGAAAAAAAUAAGAGUCGGGCGUUUAUAAAUGGGGACUAUCAGCUCUCCUUUGCUAUAUCAGCUUCGGUUCGUUGAACACAGAGGUCCACGCCACUGAGAGUCACAAAAAGAAGCGUUUUUAACAUCGACGGCAUGAUUUCUGGAACACAAGCGCUACUUUUCUGCGCGCUUCUCCUCUGCGGUCAGCAGGAAGCGGCUCCCUCCCCACGCGGACGUUGCGCAGAGGGUCUUUGCUCCUUUCAAGUUCUCCUGGACUUUCGAGGUGCGGAAAACUUCUGCAAAGACUUAAACGGGAAGCUGUUUUCGUCCAAAGACAUAAAGACAAUUAUUAGCCUACUGAGGGGACUCAGCGGUAGAUUCUGGCUGGGCAACAACGAAAAAGCAAGUCUCCACGACUGCCCCGCCGUCUCCGUGACGGGGGGGCAGAAUGUCACGGCGCUGACGGUGCCGUGCAAAGACAAACUGGACGGCCAAGUGUGCCAGUAUGAAUCCGACAAUGUCUGUCGUCCUUUUCAGGCGAGCGCAGGCGCAAAGGUUAAGUAUACCACAAUUAAAGGCUAUGAGCUGGUCGAUUCGGAGAUGCUUCCACCCGGGACCUUCGCCAUAGUGGGAGACGAUAAAUACCCUGAUUCCAAGCAUUUGUGCUCCUCCAGCUGGAAUACAGCCCCCUGGAACUGCGAGGUGCUGAACGGCGGCUGCGAACACAGUUGUAGUUCAGGCGCGUGCAUCUGUCCCAUCGGACACACGCUCCAUCCCAACAACAUCUCCUGCAUCACGGACUCGUGCGCCGCUUGCGCGCAGGAGUGCCAACAAAAAGGUGAUAGCUACGUAUGCAAAUGCUAUGAAGGCUACAGGCUGGCUCAGGACGGGACGAGCUGCGAGGACGUGAAUGAGUGCGAGGAGAAGAGUGACAUCUGCACAUCUGAGGGUGAGAAAUGUGUGAACAACAAAGGAGGAUACAAAUGCGAGUGCGCCGAUAACUUUGUGGAGGAGGAUGGAACGUGCGUAAAUAAUGCAAUCUGUUUUAAAUGCGAGCAUGAGUGUGACAAGAUCAACGGGGUGUUCCAGUGUGUGUGCAAUAAGAAUUUCAGGGUGUCACUUAAAGACCCAACCAAGUGUGAGCGUCACUGCGGUCAGAGUCAAUGUCCAGCCUCUUGUGACCCCAACCCAGACCUGGAGAAGAAGGACAUGCAGCAAUGUUUCUGCCCCGAUGGCUACAUUUUAGACAGAAUUAACCAGACUUCUAUCUGCUACGACAUUGAUGAAUGUGAGCAGCAGAACCCGUGUGACCACAGGUGUGAGAACAUGUUCGGAGGUUAUAGGUGUUGGUGCGAUGAGGGGUUCAAGCUGGUAGAAGAAGAGUGUGUGAGACUGGAAAAUGAGGGCGAUGAGCUUGGAUCAGGUUUAUCUUCUGAACUUGUCACUCCAGGCAACGUUCAGACACCUGCUUUGCCCUCUUAUGUUAAAGCUGGCAGCGUCAUGGGCAUCACCAUGUUCUUGGUGCUGAUCGCGGUGCUGCUGCUCUUCCUGGCCAGAAAAAUAGUGAAACGCUGCGGCAGAUUUACAUUGACCACCUUUAAACACCCAGAUAUAGACAUUUUCUACCUGCAGCAGGUGACAACUGAUACAUACAAGAGGUUAUCAUUUGACAAACAGUGACAUUUUUAAUCAGCAGUUUACUGAGGAUGCUCGUGCAUCGCUUUGCUGCACAGACUUACAUCACUGAUAGGAGAAAAUUUUACUUUGAGCCAAAUCACAAGUUUUAUUAUUUUCUUCAGCUUUACUGACUGUUUAGGUUUGAACAUCUGGUGGUUUUAUGACUUUUACACCCUUUUCAUGAAAUGUAAACAGUUUGCACAUAAAAAUAUCAACACCCAACAGUUGGCAAGAUGAUAAUGUACCUGGGAGACAGAUUUUAGGUGUGGCCCCGUGCCCCACCAGGCCAGAAUGUUGGCGCUUGUCUUGUCUAAAUCACUUAAAAUUCUCAAAAUAUGUUGGACUGUGGUUAAAAUAACAUGAUCAUUGCUGUCUUGCUGACAGUUUCCGUCAUUCCCACAACAGAAUUCGAGUGUUUUUGUAACAUUAUUUCUUGUUUUUGUUUGUGGAGUUAAAUGAGUAUUUUUUUAUUCUAAUAUGAUUUAUUGUGAAGGGAAAAAUAUGUUUGUAUCAAGUAAAAUGCAUAAUAAUUGCUGCUGUCAUGUAGUCCCUCACUGUCACAGAUUUUGUUUUUUAAUUUUAAUAAAAUAGUCCUGAUUUUGGGGAUUUUUAACAUUUGGAACACACAGGCUUUGCCCUGUGGGUUCAUAGUUACUGAACUUCAGCUUAUAUCCGCAUCAGAUAUGUUAAUGCCAAGGUGUAACGCUGUCUUUACACUGCUGCCUGACAUUUACAAGAGACUGAAUGUUUUUAACUUUUCUCUACAACAGGCUGAUCAUCACAGAUCAGCUUCACCUGAAUGUAAACUGUGCUGCUACUGACAAUAAAGAUGUAUCUUGCACCUCGCUCAGAGAUGUUGAGCUGCUAACAGCCUCUCUGCAACCUUUCACAUGAUGCAGUAUUUAUUUGCUGUCAGAUGAUUUACGGUAUGUUUUUGGUUUGUAUCCUGGUGUCAAAUGGAGACAGACCACAUGUUUAAUCUCUCAGUUAACUUUGCUUUAAACUCUUUAAAUGUCUAAACUAAGAACAAAAGCAAUGAACAAUUAUGAAAUCGAUGUUUUUUCGCAUAUGGUUCAAAUAAAAGUUAAUAAUAUAUUAACAUAGUUAAA